ACGAGUUUGGGAAUCCCGCCAUUUCACCUCUCCAAAACGAAACCCCCUCCCAACCAAAACGCACACUCAGAGAAUGGGAAUGGGCAUUCGCAGAAAGAAGAUCGAAGAAGAAGAACAAGAAAAAGAACCUUCUCUUUCUCAUUCUGGAGAUGAUGGUAGCGACUCCCAAAGUGAAGGGUCCGAAGCAGAAGGUGAUGAUGAUGAUGAUGAUGAUGGCUCUUCACGUUAUGAGCAGGCUAGGGAGCAAAGGAUCAAAGAGAAUAUGGAGAGAAUGAACAAGCUUGGCUUAUUGGACUUGUCUCUUAAACUCAAACCCCCAAAGAAAAACCCACCCCUCAAGAAGAAAAAAACCACCCCACAACCCAACCUUUCACCCCAGAGACGCUCUGCCAGAAUAAUGACUCUGGCACCAAUUAACUAUUCUGAGAGACGUGUUAGUGACUCAUUAAGUAAGGAAAACAAAGGAGAGAUUAUUAUACCAGAAGGUACAAACCCAGAAGUUUACACAGAAGAGCAGGAGAAGCUUCUGGGAGACUGUGAAACUGCUUGGGAAUUAUAUGUGGAUGGAUAUGAUGUGGAUGGGAACCGAAUAUAUGAUCCAAUCAAAGGAGAGACAUGCCAUCAAUGCAGGCAGAAAACUGUCGGUGAGCAUACUCAAUGCAACAAAUGUGAAUUACCCCAAGGGCAAUUUUGUGGAGAUUGCUUGUACACAAGGUAUGGCGAAAAUGUGAUGGAAGCGAACCAGAACGCCAACUGGGCAUGCCCUCCUUGCCGAGGAAUUUGCAACUGUAGUCGUUGUCGCAGGGGUAAAGGUUGGAUGCCUACCGGCAACAUAUACAGUAAGGUGUUAAAACUGGGUUUCAAAUCUGUGGCCCAUUAUCUGAUUAAAACUCGCGGCUCAGGUGCUGAAAGUGAUGUGGCUGAAGAAAUAUCAGAGCCAUCUGCAGAUACGACACUGAAUAGACGAUCAACUCGCACGAGGAAGCCACAGGACAUGAAAGAAUAGGACAUCAUAACAUCAUGUUUUGAGUAUGGAGAUAGUUUUUACUAUUUUUUGUUGGAGAAACAUAUAAGCUUAGCCUUUUAACGAAGCAAGUUUAUAUGGAGCCCUUAGCCGUGGCUUUUGACAACGUUAUUGUGGGGUGAUUCAUAAGCACCUUUAUGGGUUAUUAAAACUUCUAUACAAAUUAUCCAACUCUGUUUCUUGAUCCUUUAUUGAAAUUGAAAUGUUAUUAUCUA